AUGUCGUCAAACGGGUCGCAAACCAAGAAUGGCAGUGCCAACGGCCAGGGAAGCAGCGUGCCCAACGAGAAGUCGCCCGCCACGAGGUCGACGUAUAUCGCACCCAAGGCGAAGCCGGUGCCCAAGGCCAAGAAGGAUGGCGCGCUCGCGAGCUUCAAGAAGCUUCGUCUGGCGUCUAAGCGGCCGCUGCCCACGCAGAGCGGCGAUGGCACCUAUCUCACCGUGGUGAAGCGACCGGGCCUGAAGGAGGACAUCCGCCGUCUUUCCAUGAAGGAUUUCAAAACUCUCCUCGAGAUCGUGUCCCACAAGGUCAAGGGCGAGACCCAGGUCGACGACAAGACCAUGAUCAUGGAGAGGACCAUCCAGAUCGUCGCCGGGCUUUCGGACCACUCCAAGGUCCAGGAGGCCCUCACCAACAGCUUCAUCGACCAGCUGUGGAACUCGCUGGACCACCCGCCGAUGCUCUUCAUGGGCGACGCGUACCGCUUCCGCCAGCCCGACGGCUCCAACAACAACCCCUACUAUCCCAGGAUGGGGGCGGCCAAGACGCCGUAUUCGCGGUCCUGCAAGCCCAAGAACCUGCAGCUCGGCGCGCAGCCAGACCCCGAGGCCGUCUAUGAGGCCGUCAUGGCCAGAGGCGAGUUCAAGGAGAACCCCAACAAGGUCUCCAGCAUUCUGUGGUACUGGGCCACCAUCAUUAUCCAUGACCUCUUCUGGACGAACUCUACAGACCCCAACCAGAACGACUCCUCCUCAUAUCUGGAUCUGGCUCCGUUGUAUGGCUGCUCCAAGGAGGCCUGCGACUCGGUCCGAACUUUCAAGGGCGGAAUGCUCAAGGCCGAUUGCUUCGCCGACCGGCGUCUGAUUGGGAAUCCUCCUGGUGUCUGCAUCAUCCUCAUCAUGUUCAACCGCUUCCACAACCACAUCGCCGCCAACCUGGCCGAUAUCAACGAGGGCGGCCGAUUCACCAAGCCCUCCAAGGACCUCCCCGAGGAGGCUGCCGCCGUCGCCUGGGCAAAAUACGACGAGGAGCUCUUCCAGACUGCGCGCCUGGUCACCUGUGGUCUGUACAUCAACAUCACCCUGAUUGACUACGUCCGCAACAUCAUCAACCUCAACCGCUGCGACACCACCUGGACGCUCGACCCCAGACAGGAGAUGGGCGUCUCCAUGGGGACCAAGGAGGGAUCCGAAGCCGGAACCGGCAACAUCGUCUCCGCCGAGUUCAACCUCUGCUACCGCUGGCACUCGUGCAUCUCCGACGCCGACGACAAGUGGAUCCAGGACUUUUACAAGGAGCUGCUGGGCGACAACUACGGGCCCAUGAACUUCCAGGUCAUGAUGAUGGCCAUCAAGAAGUUCGAGAUGUCGGUCGCCAAGGACCCCGGCGAGCGUGUCUUUGGCGGCAUGAAGCGCGGCCCCGAUGGGAAGUUCAACGACGACGAGCUCGUCGAAGCCCUUGCUACUGCCAUCGAGCAGCCCGGCGGUGCUUUCGGCGCCCGCAACGUUCCCCGAGUGAUGAAGCCCGUCGAGAUGCUGGGCAUCAUUCGAGGCCGCAAGUGGAACCUGGCCGGUCUGAACGAGUUCCGCAAGCACUUCGGCUUGAAGGCCUACGAGACCUUUGAAGAUAUCAACUCCGAUCCCGAAGUCGCAGACUCGCUUCGCCACCUCUACCAGCACCCCGACAACGUCGAGCUGUACCCCGGCAUCGUCGCCGAGGAGGCCAAGACCCCGAUGGCUCCUGGCGUUGGCAUUGCCCCUACUUACACCAUCUCCCGUGUCGUCUUGUCCGACGCCGUGGCCCUGGUGCGUGGCGAUCGCUACUACACCACCGACUACAACCCUCGCUACCUGACCAACUGGGGCUUCAAGGAGGUCAGCUACGACCUCGACGUAAACCACGGAUGUGUCUUCUACAAGCUCUUCCUGCGCGCCUUUCCCAACCACUUCAAGGACAACUCCGUCUAUGCCCACUACCCCAUGGUCAUCCCGUCGGAGAACCACACCAUUCUGACGGACCUGAAGCGCGUCGAGCGCUUCAGCUUCGACCGCCCGGUCUUCGCCGCGCCCCCCGUCACCAUCACCUCGUUUGGCGGCGCCAAGCACAUCCUGACCAAGCAGGACAAGUACCGCGUUUCGUGGCAGGACGGCCUCGGCCACCUCAUGGGCGAGGGCGGCCGUGCCUUUGUGCUCUCGGGCGAAGCUGAUUUCCAGGCUCAGCAGCAGAAGUGCCUGAGCGUGCUGCUUUCCAAGGAGAACUGGAAGACUUCCGUCCGGUCUUUCUACUCCAUGAUUGGACAGAGGCUCCUCGCUGAGAAGUCGUACAAGCUGGGCACCAAGACAUAUGUCGACAUUGUCCGCGAUGUUGGUAACAUGGCUCACACUCAUUUCGUCUCGCGGGUGUUCAACCUCCCUCUCAAGACGAAUCAGAACCCCAAGGGCGUCUACUCGGAGCAGGAGCUGUAUAUGGCUCUGGCUGUCGUCUACCUCAGUGUCUUCUGCAGCGUUGACCCCGUCGAGUUGUUCCCUCUCCGCCAGCAGGCCAAGCAGGUGGCUACCCAGUUGGGCAAGGUCAUCGAGAUGAACGUCAAGCUGGCUACUACCCUAGGCAUGAGUGGAUUCUUCACUAAGCAGGAUAAGAGUGAUCCUCUGGCAUCGUAUGGUGUUAGCUUGGCCAAGUGCCUCAAGAAGGAGGGUCUGAGCACUGAUGACAUUGUCUGGAGUCAGAUCUUGCCUACUGCCGGCGCCAUGGUGCCUAAUCAGGGACAGGCGUUUGCCCAAUCUGUCGACUGGUAUCUGUCACCUGCUGGUGAGCAAUACCGUGCUGAGCUCCACCGCAUUGCUCUGCUGGAGUCUGGCGCCGAGACUGACGCUCUCCUCCUUGGAUACGCCAUGGAGGGUGUUCGCAUGGCCGGUGGUCUGGGCCUUCACCGCGAGGCCGUGUCAUCCGAUGUCAUUGCCGAGGAUGACGGCUGCAAGGUGAACAUCCAGGCCGGCGACAAGGUCUUCGUCUCCUUCACGUCCGCCGCCAAGAACGCCGCCCACUUCCCCAGCCCCGACGUCGUCGACCCCAAGCGACCUCUGGAUUCAUACAUCCAUUCUGGCCUCAGUGCCCACACCGACCUCAGCCGUGAAGUCAGCCACAUUGCCCUGACGGAGCUCUUCCGCACCGUCUUCCGCAAGAAGGGCCUGAAGCGCGCGGCUGGACCCCAGGGCGAGAUGAAGAAGGUGAACGGCAACACCAGUGUGUAUAUGAACGAGGAAUGGAGCAGCCUGUGGCCGUUCCCUACCGCCAUGAAGGUUACGUGGGACGAAUAA